CUGCGUUUUUUUGUUUUACUUUGGUGACCGGCACAAAAAUUGUUUAUAUUGCUGAAAACUCGCACAUCCGGGAAACAGAACGGCUAGAAUCAUGGCCAGCAACGAGCCCGGCGGCGGUAACCUGAUGGACGAGUUUGAGGAGGCCUUCCAGUCGUGCCUGCUGUCGCUGACCAAGCAGGAACCUAAUUCCGGGACAAACAAGGAGGAAAUUGAGCUGGAGGUGCAGAAGACCACCAAUCGGUUUAUUGACGUCGCCCGCCAAAUGGAGGCAUUCUUCCUGCAAAAGCGCUUCCUGGUAUCCACUCUGAAACCUUACAUGCUCAUUAAGGACGAGAACCAGGACCUGAGCAUCGAAAUUCAGCGCAAGGAGGCGCUGCUCCAGAAGCACUACAACCGCCUGGAGGAGUGGAAAGCCUGCCUUUCCGACAUUCAGCAGGUCCACAGCCGGCCCACACCGCCCAUUGGUGCUGGCAUGCUACAGGGCCCUGGCGGUGGAAUGUCACCCAUGGGUGGUGGGCCUCCCAGGCCGGGAAUGAUGCCAGGAAUGCCGCCUGGCGGAAUGCCACCGGUCGGUGCCAUGCAACCAAGUCCGCAGCAUAUGCUGCAGGCACAGCAGAUGCAGCAGCUCCGCAUGAUGGGUAAGCUGCCGCCCAAAUGAGGAGGGGAUUCUUAAUUUUAGCCUGUAACUUGUCGUGUAUCUUUUGUUUAGUUUAAUAAACAGAUUAUAUAUACUGGAAA